CUGGUGGGCACUCUCUCUGCAUUUCUGGUAGUUGAAGAAAAUACUGGGAAAAUUUUAUCCUCUUUCACUUUUUCAUCAAAGAGGUAUUUGGAGCUGAGUCAUUCCUCCCAGUGACUCAAAAUUAAGAAUGGCAUAUAGUCGUCGAGCAGACCCAAAUCCCAGUGACCCACAACAAGGUCAACAUGAUCCUGAAGGAUUUCACCCUGCAAAUCAACGCCUUCCUUCCGGCCAAGUCAGACUGGGUUUUGAUCAGCUCAUGGAAGAGAUUAGCAGUAAAAUUCCACUCUAUCACAGUGAAAUACAAGAAAACACCUUUGUGCCAGAUACACCAGGCUUGGACUCAAAAUGGUAUUCAUUAGAUGGAAUGAGCCAAAGACACCAGAAAGAAUUCACUUCUAAGAGCUCUAACCUCUCCCAGCAUCAGUCUGAGAAGAUGACAGUUAUUGGUUUUAGUCCUGCUGUAUUAUCUCUGCAUCAAAUCCCGGAUGAGGAAAGCCCCUGGGAAAACCCCACAGGACAAUGUCGCAGGGCUCGGGAGUCCAGAUUCAAGGCUUCAGCUCCAUCAUCCACUAGCUUGGAGAAAAGGAGUCUACAAAGAGAGUGGGGAGAUGAGCAUUACUCCUGCCACAUAGGAUUUGAAGGCAACCUUCCUUCCCGGUACCCGUCCUUCCCAACCAACUGCGCACCCAACAAAGAGAAAAGAGGUGAAAAUGUGCACAGCUCAGAACCUUCUCUAAUGUUCUUUAAAGACUCUCUUCUUCCCAGGACACGGGAAAGCACAUCUCUGGAAAAUAGAGAGCCAGUUGAUUGUCACAUUCAAAUAGUUGAAGUCCCCCAAGGAAGCAAUAUGAACCUGGCCUCAUUUUGUGACAAAGUAAAAAAAAUAAGAGAAACAUACCAUGUGGCCAACGCAACUUCCAGUUCCGGAAUUAUCUGGAGCAUCACCACGGCUUUUCCGUUUCAGCUCUUUGCUAACACCAAGUUCAAUAUAAGGAUUUUCACUGAUAACUCAGCUCAGUGCCUCCAUCUUACACCAUAUGCAAAUUAUCUUGUCAAAGACCUAAUUGCUGAAAUUCUGCAUUUAUGUGCAAACGACCAGCUUUCCCCCAAAGAGUAUCUUCUAAGUCUGUGUGGUUCUGAAGAAUUUUUGCAGUUUGAUCACUGUUUAGGAAGUCACAAAAUGUUUCAGAAAGAUAAAUCUGUUAUUCAACUUCGUCUUCAGAAAAAGAGGGACUCUCCAGGAAAGUUAUCCCGAAAGUGUGGAGAGGACCACGGUCAGUUUCAUCUGAACCAACUUCUAAAAUCUGCACAUAUUUGGAAAGUAUCCAGACAAUGCCUUUCAACAGUAAUCCAAAAAUAUGACUUCCACGUGAAAGACCUGCUGAAAACCCAGGAAGAUUUAGACAAGAAAGGUUCGUCAUCAACUUUUCCCAGUGCUUCAAAUGCUUUUCAGCCAUAUGUGAGUAAUAUUAUCAGAGAAGUUAAAAAUGUAUGCAGCGUUCUGGGGUGUGUUGAAACCAAACAAAUUACAGAUGCCAUAAAUGAACUAAAUCUAAUUCUUCAGAGAAAAACAGAGAAUUUUCAUCAAAAAUCAGAGACUUCAGAAAAAGGCUUUGUAGAAAAAGUGAUAACUGAACUUUCGAAGUCGUUGUACCAGCUGGUUGAUGUCUACUGGGGCAGCUUUUGUACAGAUUUCCAGCCUGUGUGUUCACCUAGAGGCACGUCCUCUGUCCACAGCGGGCUCCAUUCCCACCUGAGCUUCACAGUGUGUGCCCUGCACAGUGUUCCAGAGAACUGGGCACACAGAGCAUUUUCCUUCUCGUGCUGGCUUACGUACGCUGGAAAGAAGUUGUGCCACGUGAGGAACUGCAGAGCCAUGCCAGUCAAAAAAUCAUUCUUUUCUUUGAUCAACUGGAAUGAAACAAUCAACUUCCCUCUUGAAACCAAGUCACUGCCACGAGAAUCCAUGCUCACUAUUAAGCUGUUUGGGAUUGAGCAUGCCACACACAGUGCCAGUCUGCUGGCCUGGACCUGCCUUCCACUGUUUCCAAAGGAAAAACCCAUUCUUGGGUCUAUGCUAUUUAGCAUGACAUUGCAGAGUGAGCCUCCCAUAGAAAUGAUAGCUCCAGGAGUGUGGGAUGGAAGUCAGCCAACACAGCUGACCCUGCAGAUUGAUUUCCCAGCUACUGGAUGGGAUUAUGUGAAACCUGAUUCUGAAGAGACCAGAACUAAUCUUGAAGAACCACCUAAGGAAUGCCUGAAGCACAUCACCAGACUGUCACAGAAGCAAUCUCCCUUACUACUUUCUGAGGAGAAAAGAAGAUACUUGUGGUUUUAUCGUUUCUACUGCAAUAGUGAGAACAGCUCCCUUCCUUUGGUCCUGGGUAGUGCCCCUGGAUGGGAUGAAGGAACAGUUUCCGAAAUGCACGCCAUCUUAAGAAGGUGGAGCUUUUCACACCCCUUGGAAGCUCUUGGUCUUUUGACUUCCAGUUUUCCAGACCAAGAAAUUCGUGAAGUGGCCGUCCAACAAUUAGACAAUGUCUCAAAUGAUGAAAUCCUGGAAUUUCUCCCACAGCUAGUUCAGGCUGUCAAGUUCGAAUGGAGCCUGGAAAGUCCCUUGGUGGAACUCUUGCUUCACCGCUCCUUGCAAAGCAUCCGGGUGGCCCACCGGCUGUACUGGCUGCUACAAGAUGCACAAGGGGAAGCUUGUUUUAAAAGCUGGUAUCAGAAGCUGUUGGCUGCUCUCCAGUUCUGUGCAGGAGAAGCCUUGACUGAUGAGUUUUCCAAGGAGAUGAAACUUGUCCAACUUCUGGGCAAUAUUGGGGAGAAAGUCAAGUCGGCCAGUGACCCUCAAAGACAGGAUGUUCUAAAGAAAGAGAUCGGCAGACUAGAAGAAUUCUUUCAAGAGAGAAAUACUUGCCAUCUUCCCUUGAACCCCGCUCUGUGCAUAAAGGGAAUUGAUCGCGAUGCCUGCUCAUACUUCACAUCCAACGCUUUGCCCUUGAAGAUUACUUUCACCAAUGCUAAUCUAAUGGGCAAGAACAUCAGCGUCAUUUUUAAGGCUGGAGAUGACCUUCGUCAAGAUAUGCUUGUUCUGCAGAUUGUUCAAGUGAUGGACAACAUUUGGCUGCAGGAGGGUCUAGAUAUGCAAAUGAUCAUUUAUAGCUGUCUAUCCACAGGAAAAGCCCAAGGAUUGAUAGAGAUGGUACCCGAUGCUAUAACCCUUGCAAAGAUCCAUCUGCACUCGGGGCUGAUAGGACCACUGAAAGAAAACACCAUCAAGAAGUGGUUCAGUCAGCACAACCACUUAAAGGAAGAUUAUGAAAAGGCCUUGAAGAACUUUUUCUACUCCUGUGCUGGCUGGUGCGUGGUAACGUUUAUCCUGGGAGUUUGUGACCGACAUAAUGACAACAUCAUGCUGACAAAGUCAGGCCACAUGUUUCAUAUUGACUUUGGAAAGUUCUUGGGUCAUGCACAAACAUUUGGUGGUAUAAAAAGGGACCGAGCCCCUUUCAUUUUUACUUCAGAGAUGGAGUACUUUAUUACAGAUGGUGGAAAAAAUACACAGCAUUUCCAAGACUUUGUGGAACUUUGUUGCAGAGCUUAUAAUAUUAUCAGAAAACACAGCCAGCUCCUCUUGAACCUGCUGGAAAUGAUGCUAUAUGCUGGAUUGCCUGAGCUAAGUGGAAUCGAAGACCUGAAAUAUGUAUACAACAAUCUCCGUCCACAGGACACAGACCUUGAAGCCACAAGCCAUUUUACCAAGAAAAUAAAAGAAAGUCUGGAGUGUUUCCCUGUUAAAUUGAAUAACCUGAUCCACACACUUGCACAAAUGUCAACCUUAAGCCCUGCCAAAUCUGCCCCUCAGACUCUUCCCCAGGAAUCCUGCCUCCUACAUAAAACUAGGACCAUUCAGAGUGCUACAAUUUUAGGGUUCGGCAAGGCACGAAGCAACAUGUACUUGAUCCAGGUGAUACACAGCAACAACAGGACAACCCUGACAGAAAGGUCCUUCGAGCAGUUUUCUAAACUGCACAACCAACUUCAGAAGCAGUUUGCGUCGCUGACUCUACCAGAAUUCCCUCACUGGUGGCACUUACCUUUUACGAACUCGGAUCAUAAGCGAUUCAGAGAUCUAAAUCGUUACAUGGAACAGUUGCUAACUGGAUCUUAUGAAGUCGCAGAGAGUGAUUGUGCACUUAGUUUUUUUCUCUCAGAUCCUGUACAAACAACAACUGAAGACUCUCCACUCGUGAACCCGGGUGAGAAGUUUCCAGACAAGAGCCCUAAGGUGCAGUUACUGAUGACAUACGAGGAUGCGAAGCUCACCAUCCUAGUGAAACACAUGAAAAACAUCUAUCUCCCAGAUGGCUCUGCGCCCAGUGCUCAUGUUGAAUUUUAUCUUCUGCCAUAUCCCAGUGAAGUUCGUAGGAGGAAAACAAAGUCUGUUUCAAAAUGUACCGACCCCACUUACAAUGAAAUUGUGGUGUAUGAUGAAGUCCUGGAUCUCCAAGGACAUGUCUUAAUGCUUAUUGUGAAGAGCAAAACUAUAUUUGUGGGAGCAAUUAACAUCCAUCUCUGCAGUGUUCCGCUCAAUGAAGAAAAGUGGUACCCACUAGGAAACAGCAUCGUCUGACCACUGCUAUGCACUUAUGCAUUAUUCAUUAAGUACUUGGGUCUUUUUUUCUCUUCUAAGUCCCACUGUCACAUAAGCAAGACAUCUUUGUUGAGAAAGAUCACUUAGGAAUAUUAACGACAUGAGAAAUUCAGACAGAAUCAGUGUUUUGUAGUUAUUUAUUCUCUAGGCUGUCCUUGUUUCUUAGAACCUUUUCUCUUUAGAGUAUCUGUAUGAAAUUCAAUAUGCAAAAUAAUGAAAGAACAAGUAAUUUCAAUAUGCCUUUUGAAUCAAACUUACAUUCACAUCUUGGCUUAAUUGCCUGUACUUAAUAAGCAUACCUUCAGUGAGUUUUCCAAAGAAUGGCAAACAAGGAAAGCUUGUCAAUGAAUUGAAAAGAUAAGUCCAUCUGUAACAGGUUUUCAGAUUUAAACACAUGCUCAAUCUACUUAUCUACUCAUGAUCAUUUUUAUUGAGAGAUCUGGAAUGCUCCAGCAAAGUACCAUAAUCUUUUAAAUAACCAAGAUUUUUUGUUAUUAAUUAGAUUUGUUGUUUGAUAAUUCCAUACAUAUGCAUAAUGCACUUUUGUUAUUCUAACCCACCACCCUCUCUUAUUUCCCUCCCUCUCCUAUCAACCCUCCCUCUUUCCUACAAAUCCCUUUCUCAUAGUCCUGUGGGAAUUUUUUUUUUAGAUGGAGCUUUGUAUGUAGCCCUGACUUGCCCAGAAUAUGCUAUGUGGACCAAGCUGGUCUCAAACUAGAGUGGUCCUCCUUCCUCUGCAUCUUAAGUGUGGGGAUUACGACUCACUGAACCUGUUCAUAAAUUCUUAAAUUUGAUUCUUAGAAGAAGCUCCUUUGUACAGCAAUUUCUAACUCUUUUGAUGACAAUUAACUGAUUUUCAUUGUCUCUUUCCCAUAAUGAUCACAUUUUAAACCUCAUUAUCCCCAGUCUCCAAAACCUCAAACUUUGGGGGGACCUCUGAUCAAAACCUUUUUUGUCUGUUAAGUAUUUCCAUUAUACUUGAACUCACGUUCAUCAUUCUCACUGUGACCUGAGUAGAAGAUCCUACAGAUUUAUACCUGCCUAGAAGGUAAAUCCAAGUCAAAAUGCAACAUCCUUCAAGAGAGUCAACUGGAGACUUUUUUAAAAAGUAUAAAAUCUGCCGUCUAAGCUGUCGUUGUUUUUGUUUCUUUAAUUCUCUUCACUUGGUGUUUUGCUGUGUGUGACUAAAUGAAGCCAUUUAAGCUGGUUUUUUUUUUUUUUGGUCAUUUACAUAAUCAUAUAACAUAUGAAAGUCUGUACAUUAGUCAUUGAAAACUGGAGUGCCUUUUAACGGCCAAUGGGGUCUCCUCUGAAAUGCAUGAAGGUUCUAGCCCAGAAAGCCGUUGCUCUGUAUAAUCCUACACCUUUCGCUGUCUUCUCUACAGCCAAGGGUGAUUCAUUCUCUGCUGAAACCUCAGUGCAGUCUUCCCUUAUCCUCACUUACAAUGAUGACUUCGUUUCCUAGAGUCCAUCAAAGGAAACUUCCAACGUCUUCCAUUGCUACUGUACCUACUGUGUGAACCACUUCCAUGCUUCACCCGGACAAGAGCGGCAGGUGCUCCUCCCGAAACCAGUCACCACCUGUGCAUGUCACAGUUUCAUUACCCUACAUCACCUUCCAAAUGCUGAUCUGAUACUCUGUUCCUCUUCGUAGUAAAACUCAUUAAAAGGGUUGCCUCUACUGUUA